CUCGUUCACCCACAGAGGAAAACACUGGAGCUCUGAGCAUCACUUUGAGCACAGAGUCAAUUUACGAAGAGGGUGUGUAACUCCGAGAGUUCAUAAUGUCUGGCUGGUAAGUCAGACUGAGAAAGCACCACACGAACUGACGGACUGACGCGCACGAGAGCAUGAUGAGCAGCAGUCAGUGUGAACGCGGAGCAGCUCAGAGCGCGAUGAGCCCAGCACACAACUACACCCUGAUGCUGGCUAUCCUCUUCAUCUCCUUCAUACCCAUCACCACAAGUGCUCCAGUGCUCUUGAACCCAUCUUCAAUAGAUCAUGAGCAGUUACUAACCCAGAUAAAUGAUCUGUGCUCGUUCUACCUCUCUGCAGACCCAUCCUUUAGAACAUCUGAUAUCCUGGAGGACCUGUGUUUCCUAAUGCUGGGAUCACUGCAAAAAUCGAAGGAGAUCACAGCUCGAGAGACCAGUAAAAGGUUCUUAUUUCAUUACACUAAACCGAAUGGUGCAGGAUUGUCAGAUGGGACGUCUACUGUGUUGCACCCUCUUCUGGAGCUCAUACCCCAGCUUGCCAGAAGAAGAAGCAGGAGAAUGAAAUUAAAUGAUGAUCUUCAAGGGCCUGGACGAAUCCAGAGCAGAGGGUACUUCCUUUAUCGGCCACGAAAUGGAAGAAGAUCUGCGGAGUAUGUGUAAAACAAUAAAGAAUC